AUGGGGGCUGUGCCUCUGCUUACCACCUUCUCCCUGCUGCUGGCCCUGCCCUCCACCUCCUGGGUGCAGGAGGUUCCCGCCACCGAUCCGGGCACCAUCCGACCCAACCUCCUGGGCGGCCGGCGGGACCUGGCCGUCACCGACCCGGAGGUGCAGAAGCUGGCCCACGACGUCCUGACCAAGUACAACCAGGCCAGCGACAGGCUCUACUAUUUCAGACCGGUCAAAGUGCUCAAGACCCAGAGCCCGCUGGUGGCCGGUGUCAAAUACUACUUGACGGUGGAGCUGGGGCACACAUCCUGUCUGAAGAACCAAGUCUUUGAGAACCAUAUGGAUCUCACCACCUGUCCCUUCGCCCUGGGCUCGGACCAGGGGAACGCACUCCAGGAUCCCCUGACUUCGAGGGAAUCGCGGCAGAGAUCUCAGGCAGCCAUGUGGACCAUCCACAGGGUCCGAUUCAGUUUUGGCUACCGCUCCCAAAACAAAACUCUCAACUGGAUCCUGGAUACAGUUCUUAAAUUCCUUAUCUUUCUACAGUAG